AUGGCGCUCCUCCUCAGGCCCUCGGCUCCCCCGCCGCACCUCCGCCUCCUCCUCCGCCGCCUCCUCUCCACCGCUCCCGCCCCCUCACGCCUGCUCCCGGGCCCCUCCCCCUCUGCCCGACUCCUCUUCAGACCCAGGGUUGUGGCGGCGGCGGCGGCAGUUCCGCAGCGGAAUGGGGUCGCGGCGAGGGCUUUCAUGGCCUCCACGGCGGCGUCCGAUGCGAUGCAGGAAAAGCGGGUCGCCGGGGAGUACACCGCUGCCAACGUCCAGGUCUUAGAAGCAUUAGAUGGAGUUCGCAAAAGGCCUGGUAUGUACAUAGGCAGCACAGGGCCACGUGGAUUGCAUCAUCUGGUUUAUGAAAUAUUGGAUAAUGCUGUGGAUGAAGCUCAAGCAGGCUAUGCUACCGAGAUUAACGUAGUCCUUCAUGAAGAUAAUUCAGUUAGUAUAACAGAUAAUGGCCGUGGGGUGAAUCAAAUAGAAGUUUAA